AGUAAUCUGAGUAGUUGAUUCUACUUGCUCUACAUCCAUGAAAACCAGUGAUCCUGUUGACAAAGACCUACGUAAUAGGUCCAAUUCCUCAUUGACUACGAGGCUUCGAAAUCGAUCUCGAUCAAAUUCCUUAAAGCCUUCGUAUGAUGAAUCCGGUAGACCCAUUCUUACGGAGCUUUCGCUUCCCGUACAAACCCAUACCAAAAAUUCUAUUCAUAAAGACACACGUCCAAAUAGUCAACAAUUCUUGUCUGUGAAAGUUGAUUGGCCACAUCUGCCCACAGAUAACACUGCAGAGUCAAUCAUAGAUCAGGAAAUCAAACCUAUUAAUUCUAAUAGGAGUAAGUCACCAGAAGAUUCAGGGCUUUUCUCGUCGAUAUUGAAUAUUGCCCACAACACCGCAAACCUCAUCACCCACAAAGAUAAACUGCGGAGCACUGAAAUGCACUCUCAUGUGAGCCCGGUCCAAGCAAGUGGUGAAGAGACUGACAACUUUUCGUCCUUUAGUAAGAAGUUGGAUGCCUUGAUCAAUGACCAGGAAGAUAGUAUAGAAGAGUCCAAAAGCAUUAACAAUAUGACCGUUUCCGUGAACGUAAAUGGUACCGACCAUAGUACAACUCCAGGACUUGCUUCUCAAUUAUCACCUAAUAGUAUCCAUUUUGCUUCCAUAAGAGAAAGUCCGUUAAGCACGUUGGGUAACGGCAACUUAUCUUUGAAUGAUUUCAAGAACUCCAAAAAGGACACCUUGGUUAAUACCGUUUCACGUGUAAGUGAUAAGGACAAGACUAAGGAUAGGGAUUUCAAAGGAAGACGUACAAGUGCUACAGUGGCUAGUGAUACAGAAUCGUUCUCUGCUAUUCAUGAUAAUGAAAAGCUUAAAAGAGCCAGUAAAAAACGGAAUAAGGAGUUUCAUCAAAUCUUCAAUAAGCUUCCCAAAUCGGAUAGGUUGAUUGAUGACUUUUCAUGUGCUUUAUCGAGAGAUAUCUUGGUUCAAGGAAGAAUGUAUUUGAGAUGGGUUACUAAUCUAUUAAUUCCACUUCAAGAGGUAAUACAAAUUGAGAAACGUUCUACCGCUGUGUUGUUCCCCAAUGGUAUGAUCAUUAAGACUUUGCAUCAAAAAUACACUUUUGCAACUUUCCUUUCCAGAGAUACUUCGUUUGAUCUUUUGACCCGCGUAUGGCACCGAGUGUUGUUAGAUAAAGAAGAAGGUAAGGUCAUCAACAAUGAUUACACCAGUAGUGUCGAAAGUGAUGUGAGUGAUUUCAGUGAGGGUGAUGAUUCAGAAGAUGAUGUGGAUCGCAGCAACCUUGAACUGGACAAUGAUGAAGUGGCUCGAAGGGGUUCUCUUUCACGAAAGGGUUCCCUUUCACAAAAUGGCAAUGUUACAGUGGAACCUCUGCUUGGCGAAGAUAGUGAAGACGAUACCAUAUCAAGUGGGGAACACUUGGAAAGUCUGACCAAUUAUAGUGAAGAAGAAGAAAAUGCAGAAAAUGACACUCCUAAUGAGUCUUCUGGAAAGACUUUCAAAGGAUUACCUCUAGUUGGGCCUUCAACUCAUAGUCCAACUAGUAAUGAGUAUGUAUUGAAAAACCAGAAUAAUAUUGAUAUCCAAGAUGAUAAGAUCACAGGACUUUCCAAGCAAGGUGACGCUAGAGACUAUAAGUAUGUCAAACCUUUAAAAGGGGCAAUUGGACCCAAACAAACAACAUGUCUUAUCACUGAUAAGAUUCUCGAGUAUAAUCUAGAAAAGUUUAUUUUGGUUGAACAGGCCACUUCAACUCCCGAUGUGCCAAGUGGAAAUGCCUUCAAAAUCCGUACCAGAAUCUACUUAAAUUGGGGCGCAAAUAAUAGCACCAAGAUAUAUGUCAUCACCAACAUUGAAUGGACAGGUAAGUCAUGGAUCAAGGGCCCAAUUGAAAAAGGUAGUAUAGACGGACAGAAAGAGUCAAUGAAGAUAUUGGUAGACUCUGUCAAUAGCUUCAUCAAGAAUGGCGGCAGUGGUGGCAAAGAAAGCCCUUCGAAGAAGAGAUCCAGGAAGAAAUCAUUGCAGGCAGAAACCAAAGAACUCAACCAAGAGUCAGCACCAGCUCCAAAAAAUACCACAUUCUCAGAAAAGUUUACUGAUUUGGUGGAAAUAGUGGGGUCAGCCGUUCCAAUUCCAGGGUUGCCAUCUCUCAUAACUGGAUACAUUAUCCUAUUUUGCACAAUGUUCUUAUUCAUCCAGGUUUACAACAAGAUUCUUAUGCCUAAACCCCUCCAUAUUGUUGAAAACUCUAUCCUAUUCAACAACGAGAAAUUCUACCUCAUUCCAAGUGUAGACAAUCAGUUGAAUAAUGAAGCCGCCAUUAAAAAUAGCGAAGUCAAUCUCUGGAAGUGGAUAUAUGAAAAGAGUGGUCAAAAGGUUGACAAUGUCGUACAACAUCAACAAGAUACCAUUCGGGCAUACAAACGUCAAGAGCUACAGGAAAUUGUUUCGUUGGCUCAAAUGAAUAUAGAUGAACUUACCAAUUUACUAAACGAAUAAAUAUUCAAGCACUCGUGGAAUAAUUUUCAGUAGAUAAAAGUCAAAGGUACUUUGCAACCGCACCUGCAUUAUUUUGAACUCUGAAACAAAUUUGCAAAAGCUACGAUUUUUAGAAUUUCGGUUAUCCUUUAAGUUUGCUUUAUCAUAAUAUCUUUUUCUACUUUCACUAUCACCUUUGGUUGAUACCUAUCUUGAUCAUUCCCAGGUGACCUCGUUACUCCUAUCAGCAACAACAAUCCUUUCGCGUAUACUGAUUGCUUAUUGCAAUUGGUCAAUUCGACAGUAUGUUUAACGCAGCAGCUAAUCCACCACAAUGCCUGGCUGAAGCUGUUAAUAUUCGGCAGAAGGGUCCCGUUCUGAUGCUCUCCAAAGAUCACCGGGAUCUAUUGAAUCACCAUGAUGAUGAUGCAGUCCUCCUUAAAGAGCAGAAGCUAGAGGAUAUCAAAAAUCAAUGUUCUCAGUUAAUUAGUGAAUUGGACACAGACAAAGACCCCAAAGCCAUCAUCAGAAAACAUAUCACCAAGCUAAAAGACUAUAACGAUCUUCAAGACAUCGCAUUGAGUCUUGUAACAAUGAUUGCAGACCACCAUCACCUUAGGACAAUCGAUAUUCUCCAGGAAAUGAAUAGUGAGUCAACCGGGGAAAUGAAUAGGGAACCAACCGGUGAUUAAGGAUUGAGUUUCUGAGGGGGGGGGGAAGCGAAAGAUCAUUAAGUUCAAUAUGUAUUAUAUCUACGGCACAGUAAACAAUCGUUCAUUUUUAUCUUAAAUACGCUUGAAGUUACCACAUUCUUUUAGCCAAAUAUUUCUGCGCAAGGUAAUAAAAUGCAUUUGAAAGGGAUAAUCACCCACAGAAAAGGAAAACUAAAACCUCGCAUCUCUUGAAAAAUUUUAGUCAACUUGACAUUCAGGGUACUGUCAGACGUUUCUUCUCUCCGAGUGGUUAUUGUUGGGUUAGGUCAUAAUUAGCGUCAAUCUGGGAUAGAUAGGCGCUUAAGUUAUACUUUCAAGGAAAUUUAUUGGAUAUUGUUUACUUCAUCCCCCUUUUUACCGUUU